AUGUCUGCUGCACCUGUUGUUUUCCAUGACUUUGACCCAGAGCCUGAGGUCGAGUUUAUACAUGUUGAACCUGCUCCAGCUGAUCCAGAGCUUGGAGUUGCACCAGAGCCUAUUUUCGCUCCCGACCCUAUUCUUGUUGAUGCACCAGUUGAUGUUCCAUUUGUUCUACCCGUCACUCCACCUGCUGCACCUGUUUCCGCACCCGUUGAUGUUCCACUGUUCCACCCACACGUAUCUGACACCCACCGCACCGGCUUACCCACUACAUUUCUUCAGGACAUACCUCCUCCCUGUCCAGGGGAAGGACUUUCUACUGGGCCGCAUGGUCACAUGCCACCCAUGACAGCCGCUUUUCCAUACAUACCCCCUUUUGCACCGACUGCACACACGACUUUCACUUCCUCAACACACCCAGUCGAGCCAUUUAUGUGGUCUUCGCCCAAUGCCAUGCCUUUAUCAGACCCAUACCACCCUUUCCAUGUGGGAUAUACCACGGAUGACGUACUCAUAUCCUUGCAGUUACAGUAG